AUGGAUGCGAUCCUCAAUCAGCUACAAGACCUAUUCGAAGGUCAAAUUGAUUUUCAUGGUCAACGGCUUGCUGAGACGAUCUCUACUGUCGUUCUCACCCUGUCAUCUGUCAUCGCUCUUCUGGCUGGCUACGUACUGCAAGAUCUCUAUUUGACAAUGUGGAUUGGUGUCAUAGGCACGCUCUUUGCGAUGUUCCUGGUUGUCCCCCCCUGGCCAGUCUAUAACCAGCAUCCUCAGCCAUGGAUAGGGUCAAAGGCGAGACUGCCACCCGGUGGGAUCGUUGUACCAGGAAAGUGA